AUGAAUACUAACAAUCAACUCGAAGAUACUAGUCUUAAUUCACUUUCAAAUGUUGACGAGGAAGAUUUUCAUGUUACAGCUAUGAUAGCAUCAUGUACUCAAAUUCGAAAUUGUCGAAAACAAUUAGAAGAUAAACAUCAGAAAGAAUUGAUUGAUUUACGUCAGUAUUAUGAGCAAGGAUUACAUACAUAUCAAGCAAAUUUUUCAAAUAUAGUUGAAGAAAAUAAACGGUUAAAAUUAGAAAUUAGUGAAUUAAAAAAACAAGUACAAUCUCCAUUAGUAAAUGUUACUGUUAAAUCAGAAUAUCAAAUUGAAAACGAAAUAUUUCCAAAAUUAAUUAGUGUAAAAGAUGAACAAAUAGAAAAAAUAGAAAAUGAAAGAAAAGAAAUGUUGGAUGUUAAAGAUCAAAACGAAUAUUUAACAUAUAAAGUGGAAGAUAUGGAAUUGAAGAUAAAAGAGUUAACUAACGAAAUAGAGAUGAUAUCAGCAAAACGAAAUACGGACAUGGAUAAUAUUAGUCAAAUUAGAAAAUAUAUUGUAGAAAUGAUAGCACGAAACAAAGAGACAUAG